UGUUGCUGUCCGCUCACAGCUCUGCUGUAUGAACUAUCCUUCAGAGCUGCAUUUCUGAAUACCACCUAACAACGAAGAUGGCGGCCAGGACAAUGCAAGCGGCGCGAUGCCCAACAGACGAUCUGUCAUUGACAAACUGCGCUGUUGUAAGCGAGAAGGACCUGCAGUCUGGACAACAUGUUUCUGUGAAGACCACACCCAAUCACAAGUUUGUGUUCACGGUCAAGAGCCACCACACGGUCGUCCCUGGCACCAUCGCCUUCAGUCUGCCACAGAGGAAAUGGGCGGGUCUGUCCAUCGGGCAGGAGAUUGAAGUGUCCAACUACAACUUUGACAAGUCUAAGCAGUGCGUCGGAGCCAUGACCAUAGAGAUCGACUUCUUACAGAAGAAAAGCACUGACACCGCUCCAUACGACUCUGACAAGAUGGCUAGCGAGUUUAUCCAGCAGUUUAACAACCAGAGCUUCUCUAUCACUCAGCAGUUGGUGUUCAGUUUCUGUGACAAGCUCUUUGGUCUGAUGAUCAAGAACAUCGAGGCGAUGGAUGCCAGCAUCCUCAAGGAUGAGCCAGCGUCAGGGAAGAAGCAGAAGAUUGAUAUUGGGCUGCUGGUGGGAAACAGCCAGGUGAUCUUCGAGAAGGCAGAGAGCUCCGCCCUCACACUCGUUGGAAAGGCCAAAACCAAAGAGCAGAGACAGAGUAUCAUCAACCCUGACUGGAACUUUGAGAAGAUGGGCAUCGGUGGUCUGGACAAGGAGUUCUCCGACAUCUUCCGCCGUGCCUUCGCCUCCCGAGUCUUCCCUCCUGACAUUGUGGAACAGAUGGGGUGUAAACACGUAAAGGGUAUCCUGCUGUUUGGUCCCCCUGGAUGUGGUAAGACCCUGAUGGCCAGGCAAAUCGGGAAGAUGCUCAACGCCCGCGAACCCAAGAUCGUCAACGGCCCUGAGAUCCUCAACAAGUACGUUGGCGAGUCGGAGGCCAACAUCAGGAAGCUGUUUGCUGACGCCGAAGAGGAGCAAAAGAGGCUUGGUGCCAAUAGCGGACUCCACAUCAUUAUCUUUGAUGAGUUGGAUGCCAUCUGCAAGCAGAGAGGCACGGGCCAGGGCAGCACAGGUGUGCACGACACGGUGGUCAACCAGCUGCUGUCAAAGAUCGACGGGGUGGACGAACUCAACAACAUCCUGGUCAUUGGGAUGACCAACAGGCCUGAUCUGAUAGAUGAAGCUCUAAUGAGGCCUGGCAGGUUUGAGGUCAAGAUGGAGAUCGGUCUUCCUGAUGAAAAGGGGCGUGUCCAGAUCCUCAACAUCCACACCAAUAAGAUGCGAGACUUUGGCCUUCUAGGAGGUGAUGUGGACGUGAAGGAGCUUGCUGCCGAGACCAAGAACUACAGUGGUGCUGAGCUGGAGGGGCUGGUCAGAGCCGCCCAAUCCACAGCCAUGAACCGCCACAUCAAGGCUACAGCCACAGUGGAGGUGGACACGGACAGAGCGGAGAAGCUGAAGGUCACCAGAGAUGACUUCUUGGGCUCCCUCAACAAUGACAUCAAACCUGCGUUUGGUACCAACCAGGAGGACUAUGCCAGCUACAUCAUGAAUGGCAUCAUCAAGUGGGGCGACCCAGUCACACGGGUCCUGGAUGACGGGGAGCUGCUGGUGCAGCAGACCAAGAACAGCGACCGCACGCCCCUGGUAGCCGUGCUGCUGGAGGGACCCGCCCACAGUGGGAAGACAGCCCUGGCAGCCAAGAUCUCUGAGGACUCCCAGUUCCCCUUCAUCAAGAUCUGCUCUCCAGACAAGAUGAUAGGACACUCCGAGAUUUCCAAGUGCCAGGCCAUCAAGAAAAUAUUUGACGAUGCAUACAAGUCCCAGCUCAGCUGUGUGGUAGUGGACGACAUAGAGCGCCUCCUUGACUAUGUGCCUAUUGGCCCUCGCUUCUCCAACCUGGUCCUGCAGGCUCUGCUGGUGCUGUUGAAGAAGGCUCCCCCUAAAGGUCGUAAGUUGCUGAUCAUCGGCACCACCAGCCGUAAGGACGUCCUCCAGGAGAUGGAGAUGCUGGACGCCUUUAGCACCACCAUCCACAUCCCCAACAUCUCCACUGGAGAACACCUGGUGGAGGCCCUGGAGCUGCUUGGCAGUUUCACUGAGCAAGAGAGAGCCACGAUUGGCCAGCAGAUCAAGGGGAAGAGGGUUUGGAUCGGCAUUAAGAAACUCCUCAUGCUCAUCGAGAUGUCCCUGCAGAUGGAAGAGGAGUACAGAGUCACCAAGUUCCUCUCUCUGCUGAAAAACGAGGGGGCUGAUCGCAACGCCUACGAAUACAAGUAGACGAUAGGGACCCUCGGAGGAGAGGAAGUAAAGAAAGACAAGGAGGAGAAGGGGAAGACACCCUCUGUUCUUUAGCUAGUCCUCCAUCGAUCUAUCGGUUGUUCACUCAGUCAGAUUCAAUCCCCUCUCAUUUAGCGCAUGUUUCCAUGGCAACUAUGACCGUCAAGUCCCUCCUCCGGAAACUCACUGAAACCUGUUGAGAAGUGUGCUGUUACAAAAAUAUGAUUUGUACAAACUGGCGAUAUGGGUUGCAAAGUGCUGUCUUGUGCAUUGUGAGUAUUUAGCCUGGUAUGUUUUAGUUUAAUGUAUUUGUAGUAACUUUAUCCCGGUCUACUUAGCUGUAUUUAUUCAGAAUGAUAAGAGCUUCGAAGAUUAUAUGUACUGUAUACUAUAUAUUGAUUACACACACAGACAUGCAUACACAGUAUACACAUGACAGGCAAGUCAUUAAGCCAUUUGAAUAUUCUGGUGUGAAAAAUGAAAGGCUUUUAGUAAGUGUGUUGUGGAAGUGUGAAGUGCUAUGUAGGGUGUAUGUGUUUACCCUGUACAUGUAGCUUGUUUAUUUAUUGUAUAUAGUAUAUAUAUAAAUACAAUAUAUAAUGAACAAAUACAAAUCACUGUUGACUAUUGGGUAAUAUAUCAGUAUGGUUUUUCAUAUCACUCCAAAUGUUCUUUUUGCCAGAAGAUUGUAAUGGUUGUCGUCAGUCCAGUCUAACUGUCAGUACAGUGUAGGAGCAGUAAGUGUGGCCUCAGUGUUAAGCGAUUCAGCACUUUUGAAAAUGGACAAUGCUAGAAAAGAAACCUUUAGUACUUAUCAAAUCAGUACUUUGUGUGAUUUCUUUGUGUGUUCAGUUUUGUGGAUUUUUUGUGUCUAAAAGUGUAUGCAUGUGUGUAUGCGUGUGUGAGUGUUUGUUUCCACUGAAUCCAAACCUACC